AUGGCUCCCAAGUGGUCAUACUCGGCCAUGUUAAAGGGGGCCAGGCGCCCACCCCAGGCCUCGUCGUCGUCGUCAAAGGCCAACCAAGCAGCAGGUGGUGGCGAGUCGACGACACCCACACCACUGAACCAGCAGGCCCCUUCCCCUCCCCCUGUUGCUGGUGACCUCAAGGCAUUCCCGCCUUUGGAGUCGCUGGGUGCUGGUAAGGCCCAGCCUGGUCACAAAGCUGUGACCAAGAAGGGUACAGACACCGAGGACGGCCUUCCAACUUCCUCCGCCGCCGCCGCCGACGACGACAACAACAACAACAACAACAACAACAACAACAAAGAGAAGAUGUCGUUCCUUCGCGCUGGAGAGAAGGAGGACCUUCGAGUCUCUCCAAACCUUCCUGAGCCCGCCGCCUUCGAGGCCAAUCUGCCUGCUACGCGGGCCAGAGCGGCCUCAGGCGCGCCCUACGCCGCCCUGUGGGACAAGCCAGACGGGGCCGACAUCAUCAUCCGAUGCAAGGGCCUGCGCUGGGAGGUGCACCGACACAUCCUCGUGGAGAAGUCGGAGUACAUGGAAAAGUACCUGCCCCCCGAGGCAGAGGAUGGAAAACCCGUCGAGUGGAACCUCGAUAACUGGGAUGCUGGAUCCCUUGGUGCGGUCCUCCACUACAUGUACAUCGAGGAUUACGAGGGAGGCGACUUCGACCCCAAGAAUCCGAUGAACACGAUGCCCAUCGUGCACGCCGUCGCCAACUUCCUGGCUGGAACCUCUUGCCUCUGCCGUCCCAUGAUGGACCACACCUUGACCCAGAUCGACGCGGCCACUGAGGAGCUCCGCAAGGUCGCGCCCAUGCUCCGCUACAUGAACCUCGACCAGUUCGAGUUCUGCCUCCGUCGUGCCAUGCUCAUGACGUACAGCGAGCCCGACCAGUGGCGCAUCCGUGCCCUGCGCAUCGUCAUGGGCAAGCUGAUGGCCGUCUGCUUCCCGCUGAUCCUGCAGAACCCAGGCUGGCGGGGCAAGUACGAGCAGUUCUGGGGAAUGAUGCGCGUGCGUGUGGUUGCUGAUCACAAGUGGCUUUCCCAGGCAGGCAUCUGUCAACGUAAUCAUGUCAUCAUGGCUGGUUUCGAGCACAUGUCUGUCCUCUGGACCAAGUACCGCGGUGAUGGCUGGCAGCCCUCCGACGACCUGAUUUUCCCCGAGCGAGAGCUCGAGAACUUGCCUGCCCCACCUCCUCUGUCGCCGCCCCCAACUACCGUUGGCCGCAAGGUGUCCAAAGCUAUCCCUAUCAAGCGCCCCGAUGGUACCAUUGCUUCUAGCUCUGGCGCAGCGUCUGGCUCUGGCAGUGCUGGUCGUUCUCGCGGCAAGAAGUACCCCACCGGUCUAGUCGAGCCCACUCCUCAGCCUCCUCGCAAGAAGGGCAAGAAUUACCCCACUGGUCUCGUCGAGCCUACACCCCCGUCCUCCAACAAGAAGGGCAAGAACAAGAGAAAGUCCCCCGAGCAGGCUGCUGCAGAAACCAAGGAGAAGGACAAGGCUGAUACCCCCUCGACGACCAAUGUCUCCAGCCCCUCCACCUCUGCUGGACCUUCUACCAUCAAGAAGCAGUCUGCCAGCCUCGAGGGCUCGUUUGGCACAGGUUCAGCAACUUCCAGCGGUCCUGUCGUUCCCGAUGCCACCGCGCCCGCCGGCAGCGCUGCCUGGUGGGCCCACAUCUCCGACCAGCCGUACCCAUUCCUGCCCCCUCCCCCCUUCCGCUCCUUUUCUGUGCCCACCUCUCCGCAGAGCCUCUCACCACGCCCAUCCCCAGGCGAGUCGAUCUUCCCAGGUGGUGGCAUGCUGCCAGACGGAUCCUACUUCUUCAAGGAGACCUCCACGGGCGAGCCAUCCGACUACGCCAGCUCCGAGGCCACUGGCCCGGGAGAGGGUUCGCGUACCAGAGACCCAUCGGUCGCCGCGCCUGCUGAGCAUAUGACUGAUCCUCUGGACUCUCUCGCCAAUCGCGUGGCUGCGCUGUCCACCGAGGAGGCCGCAGGCGAUACCACUCCGCCAGUCAAGGGAAAGGGCAAGGGCAAGGGAAAAGAGAAAGCUUGA